AAGAAGGGUGGUAGAUGGACAGACAGAUUGAAGGCCAAGAGGGUCUCGAAACGAAAGACAAGAGUCGGAGAAAAUUCUACUAUUGACCGUUCACCUCAGGAUGACCGUCCCGUCAAGCGACCACGGAAGGAACAGUCGCAAUCACACAAACCUGCUCCCAAACCGUCUACUACGACUUCCUCCAACGACCAGCCUUCAAAAUCUCGAGCACCCACGCAAAUCAUCUCCUCUCUCUUCUCAUCCAACCCCAAAAUCGAGCAUGUGUCUGCUCCUGCCUCUUCAUUCAAGGCAAAUGCUAAACCGAGCAAUGCACCUUUGAACGAUUCUUCUUCCUUCGCCGGCUUAGGCCUCGAUCCUCUCAUCAUCUCUCACCUUUCAGAAAAAAUGAGCAUACAAAAGCCCACAUCUAUACAGCGCUCAGCCCUUCCUGCUCUCCUCGCCACUCCGACGGAUCCUUCAUCUUCUCGCGACGUCUUCAUCCAAUCCCAAACCGGUUCCGGAAAAACAUUAUCCUUCCUCCUUCCCAUUAUCCAAGAUCUUCUACCCUUAAGCUCUCUUUCCUAUAUCGACCGUUCCGUAGGCACACUAGCCAUCAUCAUUGCUCCUACACGUGAACUUGCCAAGCAGAUUUCCGACGUGCUCGAACGUCUUCUCACUCUUCGUCUUCGCUCCAAAGAGGACUCCGAUGGCACCUCGACGGACCGUCUUACUCGGUGGCUUGUCUCAGGCUUACUCACAGGAGGUGCAACACGUACGCACGAGAAAGCCCGGCUACGGAAGGGUAUCCCUAUACUUGUCGCCACACCUGGCCGUCUGCUCGAUCAUCUGCAGAACACUACGUCUCUUGACGUAGGCAAAUGCCGCUGGCUCGUGCUCGACGAAGCGGAUAGGUUGAUGGAGCUUGGGUUCGAGGAGACUAUCAAGGGGAUUGUUCAGGGUCUGGAGGGUAGGAGGAAGUUGGCUGUCCAGGCGUACAAGGAAGGGCAGAAUGUUGAGAGCGUGGGAUGGGAUUGGGAGACGCGGAGGAGAACAGUCCUUUGUUCGGCGACGAUGAAGGAAGACGUGCAGAAGUUGGCGGGAAUGACGCUAGAGAAUCCGCUCAUGGUCAAAGCGACGGAAAACGACAUUCCUUUCCCUACUACUGUUGGAGUUGGAGACGGCGAGAAGGGUAUGUCUCUGGCGUCGAGCGAGAAGUUCACGCCGCCGAGUCAGUUGGCGCAGAAGUACGUGGUGGUGCCGUUGAAGCUGAGAUUGGUCACACUCGUCGCACUCCUUCGCUCCCUACUCUCCCAGAACUCGGCCAACAGGAGAGGAUCAAAGAUCAUCGUUUUUCUCAGCUGUACGGAUUCCGUCGACUUUCAUUGGCGGUUAUUGUCCAGCUCGACCAUGGAAGAUGAGGAGGCUGCUAAUUCCUCAGACGAUGACUCUGAUGAAGAGGAAAACGCUGACAGUGACGAGUCUACUCCUAACACGAAACCAUCGAAACGACCUUCGUCAUCUAUCGGCGAGAAGAUCGAAGGCAAAUCACCACUCCUACCCGAGGCUUCGAUCUUUCGAUUACACGGCUCCCUUCCCCUCGCCACUCGACUGGCCUCGCUGAAGGGCUUCUCGGCACUCCCGUCAUCGUCCCCCAACUCCCCCGCAGCUUCAAUUCUUCUCUGUACAUCCGUCGCCUCUCGCGGUCUUGAUCUCCCUCUGGUACGUGCAGUAGUGCAGUACGACCUUCCAACAGAAGGUGGAGCUACGGAAUACGUACAUAGGGUAGGAAGGACAGCCAGAGCGGGCAAAGGAGGUGAGGCGUGGAGUAUUGUGGCGCCAAGCGAGGCGGAGUGGGUGAAGUGGGUUGAGAACCGGAUGCAGGGCUCGACAGAGCCAGGUGCUACGGACGAGAAGGAGAAGGGUGCCGCGAGAAUAGAUGGGGUGAAGAUGGAAGAGGUGUUGAAGAAUGGGUUUGGUGGGAAGGGGGCAGAGUGUGAGGAGAGAGCGACAGAAGUGCAGUUGUCGUUCGAGAGGUGGAUAUUGCGCAACAAAGAUAACACAACACUGGCACGCAAGGCAUUCCAAUCCCACAUGCGAGCCUACGCCACACACCCCUCAGACGAGAAACAUAUCUUCCAUAUUCGACACCUCCACCUCGGACACUUGGCCAAAUCAUUUGGUCUGCGUGAAGCUCCUAGCUCCGUCUCUGCGUCUUCGCAUAAAGGCAAAGGAUCUGCAUUCUCAGCAAAGAGGAGCGCAAAGGCGCCUGGUCCAAAAGCUGGAAAACCUCAGGCUCACAGGAAGACUCACGUUGAUCGGGAUGAGGAUCGUGAUGCAGAUGCGGAGAGAAGGAUGAGGGAGGCAGUGAGGGCUCAGGGAAAGACAGUGAAGAAGGGAGGUGUGAUGGCGAGGUCACAGACAGACGAGUUUCAGGUUGCUUCUGGGGAUGCACUGGAGAGGUUGGUCAACCGUAUGUGAGGGUUUUGGGCAAAUUAUUCUUUCAUUGAACUGUAUAUCACGAACUCGUUCCCGGUCAUUAUUAAUGUCUAUGACAUACUCACAAUUGUC